GUGAACUGCUGUGUUCAUUCAAACGCCGUCUUUGAAACGGUGCAGUUGACUGUGCGCCAUGCACUUCCUAGCCGAGAACAACGCCUGCCGCCAGACCCUCCUGCACCUCGUCUCCAGGGACAAUGCCAUCGUGGCCGAGCUGCUGUGGCUCUCGGACGUAGUGUCUUCCAUUUUCAAGCUUGACAUCCGCAACGACGUGGCCGAGUACGGCGACAUCCUCCUCGACUACAGCUACUUCAAGGUGAUCGACCAUUUUGAGAACAAAAUAAAAGCAAAUGAGCAUCUAAUAGACCGGGAUGAAGAGUUACGGGAGAACUACACUGACAUCCUCUUGCGGUUCUACUUAGCAUUUGAAAGUAUCCACAAGUACACCAUUGACCUAAACCGGUGA